CGCCGGGCCCCCCGCGGGCGCAGGAACGGGAAGUGAGGGACGGGAACGGCCGGUGACGGAGCCCUCGGGCCCCCCAAGCCCGGGACCCCGGAUUGGGUUGGAAAAGCGGAACGGAACCGAGCGGAGCGGCGGCAUGGGGGACCCGGCACUCCCGGGGCCGGGGGACGGUUUCCCCCUGAAGCAUUCCAACACCCUGACCAACAGGCAGCGAGGCAACGAGGUGUCAGCGCUGCCCGCCACGCUGGACACGCUGUCCAUCCACCAGCUGGCUGCCCAGGGGGAGCUGAUCCAGCUGAAGGAGCACCUGAGGAAAGGUGAGAAUUUGGUGAACAAACCCGACGAGAGGGGCUUCACCCCCCUGAUCUGGGCCGCGGCCUUCGGGGAGAUCGAGACCGUGCGGCACCUCCUGGACUGGGGCGCGGACCCGCACGCGCUGGCCAAGGAGCGCGAGAGCGCGCUGGCGCUGGCCAGCAUGGGCGGCUACACCGACAUCGUCACCCUGCUGCUGGACCGGGACGUGGACAUCAACACCUACGACUGGAACGGGGGCACCCCCCUGCUCUACGCCGUGCGCGGGAACCACGUCAAGUGCGUGGAGGCUCUCCUGGCUUGCGGUGCCGACCUGACGGAGGAGGCAGAUUCGGGGUACACCCCCAUGGACCUGGCCGUGGCCCUGGGACACAAGAAAGUCCAGCAGGUGAUCGAGAACCACAUCCUGAAGCUGUUCCGCAACAAGAGGAAGAAGAAAUGAGCAGACCUGGAGAAAUCCGGAAUUUCUGCUUCCGUGAUCCCACCCCCAUGGCUGCCGUGCCGAAAAUCCAGGGAUGCUCAUUCCUGCCCAUCAGAAAUGAACUUUAAUUGCAAUUAAACUCUGCGGAGCCCUGAC